GUGGCGUUUUGGAACUGCAGGUUGGUGUAAUGAGUAGCGACAUGAUCCGCCUAUCAAUGCAAGCAUCAGAUGAAAUACACGAGCAGUAUUGUGUCUACUACGGACAGAAGGUGAUGUUAAUUUCAUUUCAUGUGAGCACAAGGAGCAGUUUUAAAGGAAAACCUCCAAAAACUAACCGAAUUCUUUUCCGCUGAGAAAGCAAAGCUGCUUUUUGCUCUGAAAUUCUUUCAUUUAAUCUGGAAAGAAAAUAAGUUGGGUUCAAAUUUACAAACAUUCAUUAUGACGGAUCGCCGAUCUCAGUAUGAAGGUGUCGACGAUUCAGAGGUGAUAAAUUUUACUAUACCCAUGGAAGAAACGGGGGAGAAAAUGCCUCUUACCCCUCCUAAAUCUCCGGCGACCCGGCGGGCACCCCCACCACCAAUAAUGACAGAAAAGAGUUCCGUUUCGGAACCCCCAAAGGCUACAGUAAGUCCUGGAUCCGCUCCCGUAAAACCAGUAAUGCAGGCCGCCCCUCAGAGUGCCAAAAUAGAUGCAGAGGACCGAGACCCCACACGCAUGAAUGAUAUUGUAAAGGUAGAAUUUGAAGAUAUUUUCGCAGAACCAGUUGGGUCAUACAGUUUCGACGCCAUCUGGCGACUAAGCUUCCGGGUUUUUACGACAACCAAAUUUUGGUGCUACCGAAUAAUGUCGGUUGUUUGCGCCCUCCCUCUGUCAGUCUGCUGGGGAAUUUCCUUUGCUUGUCUGACGUUUGAGCAUAUCUGGUGUUCCGUACCCACUAUGAAGAUGUUCAAAAUAUCGAUUCAGCCAUUCGUGUUCAUGUGGGGCACACUUCUCCGGCUUCUGUUUGAACCGUUCUGCACGUCCCUGAGUUUGAUCUUUAGUAACAUUCGUAUAGCUCUGAAAAAAGAAACUUAAGGACAUCGCAGAAAACUUUUACAAAUGAAAUAUUGUUGCAUAAGUUUGCACUUAUUUCAAUUCAGGGAUCGGAUAUAUUUUUGUAAAAUAUAAUUUAUCAGAAUUGCUUAUAGAUAGUUAAAAGACUGUCAUUUUCUUUCGUUUA